CUCGACAUUAUUAGGUCGCCACUGUCCGGCGUGGAUGGGGAAACGAAGGUGGAGCGCACAUCGUACUACCCCCAGGAGCCGGAGCGCCUGGACAGCACGACCCUCGGAAAGAUCAUGGUAUUCUUAAGACACAACGCUCUCACGAUGAUGACCGUAUCUGGCGUGAUCUUCGGCAUCGUCCUCGGGCUUAUCCUGAAGAGCUCGCGCAACGGCGGCUGGACCGAGCGCGAAAUCAUGUACAUCAAUUACAUCGGCGAGCUCUUCCUCAGGAUGCUCAAGAGCCUUAUACUGCCACUUAUAAUGGCCAGUCUCAUCUCAGCAAUUGGAUCCCUCGACUUUUCUCUGAGCAAAAAGAUCGGCAGCAGAUCCGUUAUUUAUUAUAUGCUCACUACCAUCAGUGCCGUUAUUCUGGGAAUAAUCUUGGUGGUGUCAAUUCAACCGGGCACAAAGCAGAAUCGCGAGCAAACAAACGAUCGAGCACCACGAAACGUCACCACUGUUGACACUCUUAUGGACUUGAUAAGGAACAUGUUUCCACCGAACCUUGUUGAAGCUUGUAUCGCUCAGCAUCAGACAAAGAUCGAAAUGGGAAUCAAUAGCACUUUCGGUGACAAAUAUACGUGGAAAAUUAUCCCUUCAACCGAGUCUGGAACUAAUAUUCUUGGCCUCGUUGUAUUUUCCACUAUACUGGGAAUAGCUUUGGGAAAAAUGGAGGACAGGGGAAAGCCUCUUCUCAAUUUCUUUGAGACUCUAUCUACUGCCAUGAUGAUUAUCACUAACUGGGUGGUUUGGCUGUCUCCGGUCGGCGUCCUGUUCCUCGUCGCCUCGAAGAUCGUUGAGAUGGAAUCGCUGGGCGACGUAAUUCAACAGUUGGGCAUGUACUUCCUCACGGUAAUCCUAGGUCUCUGCAUCCACGGCUUUCUCGUGCUGCCCUUAAUCUACUUCCUCUUCACUCGCAAGAAUCCCUUCGUGUACGUGUCGAAUAUGGCUCAGGCGAUGGCAACCGCGUUCGGCACGUCCUCGAGCUCGGCAACGCUACCCGUGGCGAUCGCCUGUCUCGAGGAGCGCAAUGGCAUCGACCCAAGGGUCACGCGCUUCGUUAUGCCCAUCGGGGCAACGAUCAACAUGGACGGCACUGCACUGUAUGAGGCCGUGGCCGCCAUUUUCAUCGCCCAGGUCCGCCAUUAUACGCUCAGCUUCGGGCAAUUAGCUGCCAUAAGCAUCACGGCAACGGCUGCCAGCAUCGGAGCAGCUGGAAUUCCUCAAGCAGGUUUAGUUACAAUGGUCAUGGUACUGGAUACCGUGGGCCUUCCAUCUGGCGAUAUUUCUUUAAUCCUUGCUAUCGAUUGGCUUUUGGACCGCUGCAGGACGACCGUGAAUGUGGUGGGCGACUCGCUGGGCGCGGGUAUCGUUAAUCAUCUGAGCAGGAACGAACUGGCGGCCCUGCCACACCACACUAGCCAGAGCCAAAACGGUGCUGGAGGCGGUGGGGCCGGCGCCGGGGACAACCAUACAUCGUCCAUUUGAGAUGACGUGCCCACGAAGCUGUAAGAAAUUUGCGAGUCCACGGCACCGCAGCGGCUGAAAUCUCGUCCUGGAGGUUGCGCCUUGUGCAGGGAACACAACGCUGCGACGAGCUUUUACUUAGCGAUAAAGGAAUUGCGAGCGACCUAUAUAGCAUGGUUAUGUUGCAGGAUGCGCGGGACGGGCGUCCUUUAAUUUACUUUUCCUCUUCCUUUUUGGUCUUUCUUCUUUUUGCAGUAGACGAGACACACGCUCGGGACACUGUAGCGAGAAAUCACGCGCUUUCCACUCUACUCUAUUGUGAACUUUGAAAAAUGUUUAUCCGUAGAUGUACGAACCCUAUGAAGCUUUUUACGUUAUUUAUGUUGCCAAGAGGUCCUUACCUCGGAAUGCCUAAUACGGCUGGACCGAGUGUAUUGCAAAUACGCUUGCAGAUAGUUGCUUGUUUAAUCCAGCAGCACAUAUAUCGUGAAUUGAGAUUUGUAGACGGAUAACAGUGUAGAAAUAUACAGGUCGAAUAAUUAUGUUAUACAAUGUUCUAGUCGGACAAACGAUGCCUAAUGUAAAACAUAGUUAUUAAUUUAUUAUGUUAAAUUUGUAUGUAUAUUAUUAUCUUAUUAU